CUGAAUCGUUGCACUGCACGUGUGUCCUGAGUGAGUUUCCUCCCACCAAGCUAGGCUUGUCCAUCCACCAUAAGCAUGGUUCAGUUGUCUCUGUGUGGUUCAAUCGUUGUGGCCCAGCCCACCUACCGGCACACUCUGUGCACUCACUUGCCCUUCUGGUUUGGCGUCAGUCACCCCUCUCCCUCCCUCUCUUGAAGUCAGAACCAGGCCACGGUGUCACACGCCCACUGGUCGAUGAGCCAACGACAGCAUGGCCCAGUCCCGACUCAAAGGAGCGGGAAGGGAGAGACACACAACACCAUUACUGAACCACACAUCUGCAUCUCUCGCACACAACGCCAUGCCACGCCACGCCAUGCCGCCCGCCCACGUUCGCUGUACAACGCAUCGCAUGCACUUGUCUUGUCUGUACACCACAUUUGUCCACGCACGUGUCGUCUGUCUGGAUGAUCAGUCAGUCAGUCGACCCUGACGACGAAUGUCCUGUUCUGCCAGUAGUCGGUGUGCACUGCCAUCAUCCCGUGGUCAUACGACGCGCCGCCCUCCCACACUACCGCACCAGACCUCUCCACAGACGACAGACUCGUGCGGAUCUGAACACACACACAGUCCACACACGCGUCCGCACUCUCAGUAUUGGUGUGCAGGCUUGUUUGUGUGUGUGUGGUGCUGACCACAUUCCAUGUCCAGUGGGUGUGUUCGAAUGGGAGGUAGAUGGGGGCGCAGAGGUAACCGCCACGAGCCGUGAGACGGACAGCCAGACGCAGGAUCCGCUCAAUGCCCUGCAAUGAAGAAAUGAAUGAAAGGAUCAGUAGAGCACAGAGAGUGGCGAAGGAAGAUGGCCGGCGAGUGUCUGUCUGUAGCUGUGUGAGUGUGGUGGGUGUGGUGUGUGCACCUUGAGUGUGGGUUUGAACCACUUGCCGAAAGGUCCGUGUCUCUGCGUGAAGCGGUACUCUAUCACGGGGCGCAAAUGGACCACAACACAGCCAAACCUACACACACACGGAUGCACACACAUGGAUUGGAUGCAGGAAACACACGUGCCGGCGUGUGUGUGUGUCUACGUGUGUGUGUACCGGCUGGCCUACUUGAGGUUGCUGAUGAGCAUGCUCUUGAGCUCCUCGUCGAUAUCUGCCAAUCGACACACAACACACACACACACACACGUAUGUUGUAUGUUGUGUGGUGUGUGCUGGUGUGACUGCUCACUUGACCGAUGUAGCGCUGUGCACCGGUGCUGCACGUCAUUCAACUUGAUGUUCUGACACACACACGAUGACACACUCACACACGAUGACGACGCACAUUAGAUAGAUGCCUGUGACACUCACUGGGCUGCAUCGCAUCAGCCUGUCUGCCUUUGUGCCUGCCUGCCUGCCUGUUCGAUGAGUGCGGUUGCCGUGAGCGAGUCCUCGAGGAAGACCACCUCUGCCGCACCCUUGGCCGCCGCCUGGAUGCCCAUCGCACCGUUGUUCGAGUACAUGUCUAACACAGUCAACUCGCCACCUGCGCACACACACGUCCAUAGAAACCCGAGGUACUUGCUAAUCUGCGUGUGUGUUGGUGUCUAUGUGUCUACCUCCGCAGAGGUCGCUGACGAAUUGCCGGGUUUCGCGCGCCUGAUAGUCCCAGCCUACACGUGGACCGACAGACAGAGGACAUCCAUCUGUCUGUGGACACAUUGCUAUGCACUCAUGUGUGUGAAUGAGUUAGUGCUCAGCUCACUUCUGGUAGCUCCUGCGAGGAGGUUCAUGAAGAAGGCACAGUCGCCCUCGCGGAUCUUGACAUUGUGGUCCUGCAGACAGACGACAAAUGGAUGGAUGGAUGCCAUUCAUUCGCUGUCGGCUUACGUCUCCUUUGGCGAGGAACUCGAGGUACUCGUUGCCCCCCUGUGCGCGUUUCUCCUUCUUAGAGUUGAGUUUGUGGACGGCCAUCACCUUGGGCCGCAGCAGCGCCUCAAGCUCGUCGUAUAUAAUGCCCUCCUGCAGGACCGACACACAGACAGCAUUUCUGCCUUUCUGCAGCACAGCACGAUGGCGGAUCCCCUGUCCUGUGUGUGUGUGUGUGUGUGUGUCGUCUUACAUAUUUUGGCAUCGCGAUGGUGUCGAAGCGGACGAGCAGCGCCUGAAUGAAAUAAACCCGUGACAAACAAAGGAGAGAGAGCGCAGCUUAGCUUAAGGCAGUGCAGCGGUGGUGUGUGGAUUUGCUAUUUGCCUGCCCGUCGGUGCCGUACCUUGCCCAGCCGAUCGAUGAAGAGGCCUGCAGUGCACCACAUAUAUGUGACACAACGACAGACACAACGACACAGCAAAAACCAGCGGUCAAGACAAUCAAUCAAUGCACGCGUCUGCCUGCAGGUGUCCGACACAGGUAGGUGUGUGUGUGAAAAUGCGUGUGUGUGUGUGUUCAGACGAAAGAAGACCAGUUGAGGUCAUGGGGUGUGUCCCUGAGCUUGACUUGUGUAUGGGACACCCUCACAAUUAGCAUGGACUCAGUGCAUCAUCACACACAACCACUAAACCCUCUCUCUCCCUCUCGCUCUCUCUCUCUCUCUCUCUCUGUGACCCACCAGGUAGCUUGUCAGCCUCGCCAUUGACGAGCCGAUAGAACGGCUCCCUGUACCGACGCUCACGCAGCUGCAAAGCCUGCACGACACACACACACAGCCACACACACACACACACACACACACACACAAAAGAAGUAGCGAAGAGUUUGCAUGCUAUUGGACUCAUCCCAUGUCCCUUUAUGCUGCUCACUUGUCUGAUUCGUUGUCUCAGCAGGUCGUCCGUGAUGGUCUGGUCAGUCAGACAGGCAGACGCAGGCGGGCAGCCGGUGAGCAUCCGCACAGGAAUCGACGACUGCCGGUUCCACAAACCAACGCCCAACGGAGCACCUGCACACACACACAACCCACACAUCGAUGAUGCAGGCAAACACACACAUCUCUCCUGUCUGGCUGUCUGGCUGUCUGUCUGUCUGUCUGUCUGUCUGUCUGCUGUCUGGCUGUUCACCCACCUUGGUGGUCCAGCACAUUGACGAUGCUGCCCGCAGGAAUGUCGGUCAUGCCACCGAUGCCCUCUACCUCAGAGUCAUACACCCACGGGUGGCCGCGGCGCAUCUGCUCCGCCCUCGUGUACUGAGAUGGAACUGGUGAUGCCACCGCCUCAGCAGCAGCAGCAGCCGGUGGCGGAUCUGCCUCUGCCCGCUGCCCUCCUCCGUCAGUCGGAUCUUCCUCGCUGAGAUCUUGCUGCAUCUGUGCCUUGGGCGCCUUGAGCAUCACACAGGGCCGUUCAUGGGGCAGGCUGCGGAGCGACGGCCCCUCGUGUGGCCCGACACUCAUGGCCUUGGUCGACACAGAGGCAGAUGAGAGACGGACGAGCGGGAUGCGAGGCGGUGGACGGCCGACCGUGUGACGUCGAACUGACCGCAAAGAGGACCGCGUGAGCUCCAUCUCUCAAGACCAGUCGGCGUCU